AUGGCCGAUCAAACCACUUCCGACCAUGACGAUUCGCUCAACGUCUACAUCUUAACAUACAACUGCGCACGAACCCUCGUCAACCCUGCCAUUUUUGCACCGUACCUGUUCCAUGCUCUCCCUCCAGACAGCGACGCCCCGGAACUUCUCGUCCUCUGCCUGCAGGAGCUCGCGCCGAUCAGCUAUGCCUUUCUCGGAGGCUCGUUCCUGACGCCCUACUUCAAGGCGUUUCGGGAGACCGUGAAGCUCGCCUCCAAGGACCAUGGGUACGUGAACGUGGUGAGCAGGAACUUGGGCAUGACUGCCAUCAUGGUCUUUCUGAGGGAUGACGUCGUGGACAGCCUCGCGUGGGUCAGGACAGCCGGAGUUGGCGUGGGUGUUAGCGACAUGGGUAACAAAGGCGCCGUGGGGGUUCAACUGGGAUAUAGAGUAACUCGAGGCGACCUACCGACAGCAGCAGAUGGCGAGGUCGAGGGUGGAAUCGGAGAGGUUGAGUUCACUUUCGUCUCGGCCCAUCUCGCGCCCAUGGAAGAUGGUCUCGAGAGGCGAAACGAGGAUUACAAGAACAUUGUGCAGAGAUUAGUGUUCCUGCCGGAUCAGAGACGCAAGGCUCCGCUACCUCAGGGCGAAGAAGGGGAAGACGCGCCUCUGCUACAGGGGUCACUCGCUUCGCAGGAGUUCCAGACCCUUGGUGGGGAAGAAAGAGGGAUGUACACAGCAUCAUCAUACUUCUUCUUCGCUGGUGACCUCAACUAUCGCACAUCACUGCUUCGACCGUCUCCACAGGAUGUCGAGGAGAAAUUCCCGCAGCCCAGCCCGGGCAGGGACGGUCCCAUGCACUUCCACGAUCUGCUCGCGGAGGACCAAUUGAAUCAGCAGGUCAAGGCUGGGAAGACUCUGCACGGGUUGACAGAGGCUCCAAUCACGUUCCCACCGACCUACAAGUACGACACUGACGGAAGCAAGGCUGUCCUCCUGGUCGAUGGAGAUGACCGUCAACACUGGAGCUGGGCACGUCAUCGCUGGCCCAGCUGGUGCGACCGUAUCUUCUUCUCGAGCCCCCGGAUAAGUGACGUCAAGGUGACUCCGCUUCGAUACACGUGUCUGCCGCUGUUUGCAACCUCGGAUCACCGCCCAGUAGCACUAGCAGCCUCAGUGCCUCUGAAGGCGGUAUCGAAUGCAGGGCAGGGGGAGGGUGAGAGGGGCCCGACGACGACAGCACCAUUCGGCAUCGACCCAGACUGGAGGAGCAGGAGGGUCCAGGCACGCAGGAAGGAGUUGGCCGUGGGGAUCAUGGCUUAUCUGGCACUGACAUGGGAAGGUAACGGUUUGCUGGUUGCAACGACGAUUGGUGUUGUGGGUGGAUGGUUGAUUAUCAGAUCUCUUCUCUUGCAGUGA